AUGCGGAAGAAUCUUCACCAGUGGCCAGAGGAUCAGGACGAUCUUUUCCUGUGCAACUUCACCCGGAUCUUGGUCGAACUGGCCGAGAAUACCGACCAGUUUGCAGGCCUUUGGGAAGACGUCCGGUGCCGGAAGCAGGCCAUCGCCGAUUGUGCUGGGAAUUGUGAUGAGCAGCUCAUGACUCUGGCCCAGCAGACCCACUUCAGUUUGGAGGAGAUUGAGCUGUUACGGAAGCAGUUCCGCAAAAUGCGGAACAGCUCGCAAGAAACGACUGUGCUGGACCUCAAGGGUUUCAAGGAAGUCGUCAAGGAAGCUGUCCCCGAAUUUCCGCCGGAGCUUUGCGGCCGCCUCUUCCAGAAGCUUGACUGCUUCGGUGUUGGUCGCCUCACAUUUAUGGAGCUGGCCUGUGGGAUGUCGGCGCUUGCUCUGGGAACCAUGGAUGAGAAAUUGCAGGUGUGCUUUGAUCUCUUCGAUUCCGAAGGCCGGCGGGCUUUGACUCUCAAAGAUCUCAAUGAUCUUUGCACGACGCUCUUCAAAGUGGCGCUAUCGCAUGGCUCGGUGAAUCGGAAAGCUUCCACGGACGAGGUCAUGGCAAAGCAAUCUGGCGCCUUGAGCCAAAGAAGCUCCGAGACCGACCUGCCCUUCCCCAUGACGCCGCCCAUGAGACCGAGCUCGGUCAUCGUUGUGGGGCGUGAGAAGGUCAGGGCCAGCGCUCCCACCGAAAUCACGAAGUCCAUCACGAUGGAUGACCAGGAGCUCCCAUCACGGUCGAUGCUUCUGAGGCUGCUCGCUGCAGCAAAGGUGCACACCCCUGGCGGGCAGAGGCUUGUAGCCUACGAGGACUUCUGCAGUGUGGCACGCAUGGAGCCAGCGCUGCUUUGCCUUUUCUCCUGGUGCCUACCAAGACCGCCCGAGCGGAUGCCCGUCUUUAUGUUCGAGAGUACAACGCUUGGCUUGAGACAGCCGGGCCUUUGCGCGAGGGUUCGCCGCACGUGCGACCGGAUUCGCUGCUGGUUUCGACGACGAAGCUGA